UUGUGUGCGGGUUUUUUUAUCCCGACCUGGAUAUUCUUCGUAGUUGAAUUUGGUUGAGCUAGUCGGCCACCUCGACAUCAACUUUUGGGCGAAAUAGAUUUAGGAAUACACAAGAGCUGGAACGAUGAGGCUUUCAUUCUUUGUCGUAAUCUUGGCUCUGCUGCCUUUGACAGUUCUAGGCUUAGUGAAAGAAAUCUGUUCGCCACAGAAAACGACGUUAGAGAUAAGAUGUCCCUCCCCGAAUACGAUACUGUUGCAUUCCAUUGAAGUUCAAAGGGACCUCGCCUGCCAAAAACCGCCUGACGAAAGGAAAUGGACGAGAGGAGACCCUUCUUAUCUUUGGAUAUAUUGUAACCUUGCAUACCAAGGGCGGUGUAAGAGGCCGAUCCGCAGAGGUACCUUUGUGAGGGUAAAUUACACGUGUGUUAACUUGGCGACCUUACGAACAUUUGAUUUGUGUUCCAAUUCCCAGAAGCAUGAGAAGACUCCACUCUACUUGCACAGUACAGGGUACACCACGCAUGGCUUGACCAACUUUGAUCGGACUACGAAUUGCACAUGCCGUUUGUCUCCUGCUGGCCUACCAGACCCGCACUCUCUCUACAACUUCACGCUAUCCGUGCACGAUUCCUUGUCGCUUUCAUCUGAUGGACCAAGCCUUAGAUGGGGGAAGAAGCGAGAAAACCACAUCGAAGACAUAGGAGAAUACACUAAAAUCACCCUGACGAACAUUUCAUCCGAUGUGUUUAUUUACUUCAGACCAGAAUCCAGAAAUAAUGGGUGGUUUUGGAUGCACAUCGAUAGUGGAUCCGUUGUCAAGAUCACCUUCAACGUUGCAUGUAACGGUGCACUCGGAUACCCUAUCCCAACACUGGCGACAUCUAAGAUGACGACUACUACGACGACGACGACGACGACAACAACACCGACAACAACACCGACAACAACAACAACAACAAAAACAAAACCUUCACCCUCAUCCUAUCCUCUUCCGGCAACGUCACCGGACUCCGGCUCCAAUUCCCACCUCCCCAACCAGGAAGGACAAGCGGGAGGUUCCGCUCCUGCUGCUGGUGGAUCAGGUAAUGAGCUGAAGAACAUCCUGAUUGGUACCACAACGGUUCCCUGGGUCAUCAUCAUUGUGAUUGUUGUUGCUGGCGUUGUGAUUGUCCUCAGGCGGGUUCGGAAAAGGGAGGGUUCGACGAUGACAAAUAAUCCCACAGCCCAAGAGAUGGGUCACCAGCCAGCUCAGAUGAGUGGAGGAGCUGAAGCAAGGCCAAUAUCAGAGCUCAAUAUCUACGCUACGCCAGACAUCCAUUACAAUGGUGACCUUGGAUUCUCAAACCCCGUUUAUCAGGGUUUAACGUCUAAACAGUAGCCGCAAUUAGCUGGUGGGUUUCGCAACCACCCGAGCCGGCGACGAAAUAGGCGAAGAACGAAAGCCACGAAUUAAGACUCCCCGAAUUCUCGUUUUGGCGAAGAUUCCGGCCAAUUCUCAACCUACUCCUCCUCCUCAGGCAUUAUCUAUUAAUCAUGUAAAUUUUUCUGCUGUCGUAGCGACCAUCCAACAACAGCGACCGAGUGCAAGGACGGUGAUCGCCGAUUCGGCGACUAUUUACAUGUGAUAUUCUAAUGGUGAUAUCCGUUCACUUUUGAAUUUAUCUGUAUCAUAUGAUGUAUCAUAUUGUUUGUAAUACAUUAUUGUUCUGUGUUGAGGAUAUAAACACACGCCUAUUGAAAAAUAGCCACUUCAUAGUGUUCCUGGAAUAUUGUAUUUUUGUGUUCUUUGUUCCUUGUAACACCUGUAGGGAUGGGAUUUUUUGUUCCAGAAUCUCAGAGACUUUAAUAUCAUUUUCUAAUUGAGGAUUUUUCACCCAUCGAAAGACAUCAAGCAUUGGCUAUAUACUCUUGUAUCAAUAUUGUGGAGCUUUUUUCCUUUAAAAUUGUAACCUACAGUUCGAGUAUGAUAGUGUAAAGAGUUUUUAUAGACACUAGUGAUAUAUUUUAGUGUUCAACUGUCAUUUACGCCAGUGUUCUCACCAAUUCAGUGUUAAAAAGCAUCAUUAUAUUCCCAAACACUUAUAGUGUACAUAGUGCUAGUACAUGUUAGUGUUAAUUGUGCCAUAUUCC